UCAAACCAUGGAUAACAAAACGAGUAACAGAAAUCCUUGGAUUUGAAGAUGAUGUAGUAAUUGAAUUUAUAUUCAACCAGUUGGAAGUGAAGGCCUGAACCAAAAUGGAAGUUAUUCCUUGCGUCUGAAGUAUAGCACCAUCACCUUAUUAGGUCACAGCAGAGUGAGUGUCCAAUGUCGCUCUGACCCAACUCCCUUGAUGAUGCAGUGUGUGUUUGGAGAGUUCAACCUUGUGUUUUGAGAGAACAGUUGACAUUUCAACUGAUAAAGAUAAAUGAUAUAACAUUAAACUCAAGGUGGUUGAGUUGCAGUAGGGAGUCGGAAGCAAGCCAAGGGAACAUCUUUCUCUACAGGGGACUUGGCGAUUCCAAAACCCCCAAGGUUCCAAGAAGAAACUGAAGACACCUGGAAUCUGUACUUGCUUUGUGCUGUUGAGCUGUGCUUGUUAUAUGGACCUUGUUGCUUGACCAACAAAUGACAUUAGAAUUAAAAAGCCCAUUUUAACUUUGAAACCUUUUGACCUCUUAACCCUUUGUGGACAUGACAUGGUGACAUUGAGGACAAUCUGUAAGGCACCUACGUAGCUUGUGCUCCCUCAGGCAGGCAGAGCCUUAGUUUGGGAGAAAGUCAGAAAAUGCAUGCAUGACUCUUGGCCUUUCACAGCAGGAGGAAAGGGGUUAGCAGGCUGCCAUCUCCAGUGCUAGGCACUGACACAGCUUCUGUCCGUUGUGCAGAUGUUAAGAGAGAGAUUUCCAAGCAAGCAGAAUCAAAACCACCAGGAAAAAGAUGUUUAGAACGUAAUUCUGAAAUCUUGUUGCAGCAUUGUAAUGGUGUGUUAAAUUAAAGGGCCCUGAUUUCCUGUAGAGCAGCCACACGGUCCAAAAAUACUUACAAAACCCACAAAGGAUUAACAGGCCUUUCUGAAUAUUUAUGGUAAGGCACAAAAAGAAAAAAAUUACUAGUACAAUAAAGUUACAUUGAUGAGAAAUGACUAGGGAAAGAUUUUUAAAAAGUAGUUCUUGAGUGUAUAUAUGUAUUUUAGCCCCCAUGGUAGUUUUAAUUUAAGUUUAAUAUAGACUGUCUGUUGUUUUUUCAGAUAACCGGUUUGUCUUCCUGUCAUAUCUCUUUGCAGAACCCAGAUUCCAAAAUGAUGCAAAUCAACCUGACUGGUUUUUUGAAUGGGAAAAAUGCUAGGGAGUUCAUGGGAGAACUGUGGCCACUGCUAUUAAGUGCACAAGAAAACAUUGCUGGUAUUCCAACUGCAUUUCUGGAACUGAAGAAAGAAGAAAUAAAACAGCGACAGAUAGAGCAGGAGAAACUGGCUUCCAUGAAGAAACAAGAUGAAGACAAAGAGAAGAGAGAUAAGGAAGACAAAGACAACAGAGAGAAAAGAGACAGAUCCAGGAGUCCAAGAAGACGCAAGUCCCGCUCUCCGUCCCCUCGGCGGAGGUCAUCGCCGGUGCGCCGGGAGCGGAAGCGCAGCCACUCCCGCUCCCCCCACCACCGGACCAAGAGCCGCAGUGCCACCCCUGCCCCCGAGAAGAAAGAGGCCACUCCUGAGCCAGAACCCUCCGUGAAACCAAAGGAGACUGUUGUGCAAGAGGCAACUUCAAACAGUGAUAUCCCAAAAGCUCCUAAACCUGAACCUCCUGUACCAGAGACUAAGGAAACUUCACCAGAACGUAAUUCAAAGAAGGAGAGAGAGAAGGAGAAGGAGAAGACUCGUCAGAGAUCCCCAUCUCGGUCCAAGUCCAGGUCAAGAUCCCGAUCCCGUUCUCCAUCUCAUUCUCGACCCAGAAGGCGCCACAGAUCACGGUCAAGGUCUUACUCCCCUAGAAGGAGACCCAGCCCCCGGCGCCGGCCGUCCCCGCGCAGGAGGAGCCCGCCCCGGAGAAUGCCUCCCCCACCCAGGCACAGGAGGAGCAGAUCCCCCGUGAGGCGGAGAAGACGCUCCUCAGCCUCGCUCUCCGGCAGCAGCUCCUCCUCGUCCUCGUCGCGCUCCCGCUCUCCACCAAAGAAGCCUCCCAAGAGACCCGUGUCCAGCCCCCCCCGCAAAACGCGCCGCCUGUCCCCCUCGGCCAGCCCCCCCCGGCGCCGCCACCGGCCCUCGCCCCCCGCCAGCCCCCCGCCCAAGCCCCGCCGCUCGCCCACCCCUCAGCAGUCCAACCGCAGCCGGAAAAGCCGCGGCUCCGUCUCACCCAGCAGGGCUUCAGCACCCAAGCAUAAGAGUACUGAGAAAAGAGAAUCUCCUUCGCCAGCACCCAAACCCAGGAAAGCGGAACUGUCGGAAUCAGAAGAAGACAAAGGAGGCAAAAUGGCUGCAGCCGAUUCUGUCCAACAGAGGCGCCAGUACAGGAGGCAAAAUCAACAGUCUUCAUCUGAUUCUGGUUCUUCAUCUUCCUCAGAAGAGGAGAGGCCCAAGAGGUCGAACGUGAAGAACGGGGAGGUGGGCAGGCGCCGCCGCCACUCGCACUCGCGCAGCCCCUCGCCCUCGCCCCGCAAGCGGCAGAAGGAAUCCUCCCCUCGGAUGCAGAUGGAAAAGAGGUGGCAAUCGCCAGUGAUGAAAAGCAGGAGGAGGAGGAGCCCCUCGCCGCCCCCGGCACGCCGGCGCCGCUCCCCUUCCCCGGCGCCCCCGCCCCGGCGCCGCCGCUCCCCGUCCCCGCCUCGCCGAAGGUCUCCAUCACCACCCCCUCGCAGACGUUCUCCCUCUCCACGGAGAUACUCCCCCCCGAUCCAGAGGCGAUAUUCCCCAUCUCCCCCUCCUAAGAGGAGAACAGCUUCUCCUCCUCCCCCUCCCAAAAGAAGGGCCUCCCCUUCCCCCCAGUCCAAGCGCAGAGUCUCCCACUCCCCGCCGCCAAAACAGAGGAGCUCCCCUAGUGCUAAACGGCGCUCCCCUUCCAUAUCUUCCAAGCACAGGAAGGGGUCUCCUCCCAGCAGAUCCAACAGGGAAACACGUUCUCCACCACAAAACAAAAGGCAUUCACCUUCACCACGGCCUCGAGCUUCCCACCCCUCCUCCAGUCCUCCGCCGCCGCGCCGGGGAGCGUCGGCGUCGCCGCAGAGGAGGCAGUCACCCUCACCCAGCACCAGGCCCAUCAGGAGGGUGUCCAGAACGCCAGAACCCAAGAAAACAAAGGCUUCCACCCCCAGCCCCCGGCGCGUGUCCUCGUCCCGAUCUGCGUCAGGGUCACCUGAGACAGCUCCCAAAAAACACCAAGGACCUGCAUCUCCUGCUCGGUCUCGCUCUCCUUCUGCAAACUGGUCACCUGCAAAAAAGGCCAAGAGCCCAACUCAGAGCCCAUCACCUGCCAGGAAUUCAGAUCAAGAAGGUGGUGGCAAGAAGAAGAAGAAAAAGAAGGAUAAGAAGCAUAAAAAGGAUAAAAAGCACAAGAAACACAAAAAGCAUAAGAAGGAGAAGGCGGCGGCGGCUGCAGCAGCUGCUGCUGUGGCUGCAGCAGACACCACCUCAGCACAGGAAGACCAGGAAGCAGAGACAGAACCCAAAAAGGAGACAGAAAGUGAACCCGAGGACAACCUGGAUGACCUAGAAAAGCACCUGCGGGAGAAGGCCCUGAGGUCCAUGAGGAAGGCGCAGGUGUCCCCCCCCUCCUAGGCCAACCCUUUGAUAUAAUGUACAUUUUAUUUGGUUUGUACUCAGAAUUCAAUUUCAAAUUGCUAAAUGUGUUUGAGCUUUAGAAUAUAACAUUUGUUGUAAUAAUUGCUAGGUUGAGGUUCACCAUGUACAAAGGGCAUGGAUUUACAUUACAAAAGGUGUCCACAGUGUACUAGUGACAUUCUUUCAUUGGCAGCAUAAUUUCAUUUAGAGUGAGACUUUUUAGAAGCAGUAGGAAUUUGUUUUGGAGGUUUGAAACAUGACCGUCAGUUCCCUCGUUUCUUUGAAAUCCAGCAGAGCCUUGAGCAGAUUUUGCGAGGGUCUCAUUUGACUUCUUUUGUAUCACUUACAUGAUGCUACUAACCUUUGUGGUUUGUAGGCUUGCCCAGGAGUAAAACCACUGCAGAAUUCCAAGGAAGUAUAUCUCUAUUUUAAUGCUUUCUACUGUUGCCUGUAUAGUCUCCAUUAAAGCCAGUCAAGAAUAGCAGUUUAGAGUGGUACAUAAAUGAAAGCAUGUUGUUUACCAGGACACUGUGGGUUUAUAUUGAUGUAACAUGUUGAUUUGGAACACUGGAAUUUCAUUUGUAUUUUUAUGUUCUUUUUUUAAAGGGCAGUUUCCAUGAUCAGCAGUCCCAGAAAACAAAAAAGUAAUUCCUUCAGUUCCAUAAAUUUUGUUUGUGAGCUGUCGUUGCCCCCUUCAUAAAUCUUGUCUCGUUACGGUUCUUCGGAAUGGUCUGAGCAACUUUCAGAGCUGUGUUCUUUGAAAGUUUAGAGGAACCUGAACUUUGGAUAUUGUCAUGUUUUCACUGUUCUUUGUUUUUGUUUUUUUAACUAAAGCUAUAUAAAGCUUGUGGAUUAAACAAAAUAAAUUUCUAAAUUUAAACAGA